AUGACCAAAAUUUCGAGGAAUGUUGAAUGUUACCAUCUUCGUCUUCUUCUUCAUCACGUAAAAGGCCCAACAUCGUAUUCAUUUUUGAAGACUGUAAAUAACACUGAAUAUCCGACAUUUCAAGCAACAUGUAGAGCCCUUGGAUCAUUAGAAGAUGGCAAUCAGUGGAAUUUAGCUUUAGGAGAAGCAGCAGUAUGUCGUUCGACUGAUAAAAUUAGAGAACUAUUCGGAAAAUGUAUAUUUUUGGAUUCUCCUGGUGGAACCGGUAAAACCCACUUAAUCAAUCUACUUUUGGCUAAAGUAAGAAGCUCAUAUGGGAUUGCAAUUGCAGCUGCAUCAUCAGAAAUUGCUGCUACGCUUUUACAUGGAGUAAAAACUGCUCAUUCUGCUUUCAAGUUGCUACUGAAUUUGAACACCAUCGAGACUCCAACGCUGCUUCUCAGAAAUCUUAGUCCACCAAAAUUGUGCAAUGGAACACCUCUACGGAUUAUUGGUCUACAAAAGAAUUUGAUUGAAGCUAUUAUUAUGACUGGAUCUGCAAAAGGUGAAUCAGUUCUUAUUCCUCGCAUACCAAUGAUACCAUAA